AUGGGCAUCAAUCAGCACUAUCCUAGCUAUAAACCGCCUCCGUUUCCUUACCACAACCGCUCUCCCGCCAACUCGCAUGCUUCGGCAACCAACUUCACCACUCACAACAUCCCCCAGACCUUCACCACAGCCAUACGCUGCACCAAGUGUGGGAAGAGCUUUGACAACAUGCCAGAGCUCCAUCAGCACAUCCUCGCCUGCGCAAACGCCAGCGACAAGCGGCGGUACACUCCCAAGAAGAACCCUAUCCCGUUAAGACACUUUGCAAAGGGUCAAAAUGGUGUGCUCGCUGCCACCAGUCCGACCAACGUGUUAAACACGGAGAAACUGAGCACAGAAGCCAAGAUGAAGUUGAAAGCGUUGACAAAGAGGCAGAAGAAGUUGGCGCAAAAGGCAAUCUCAUUGACAAGCGCGAAUUCUGCGGAGAUGUUUGUGUGUCCGCAUUGCAAAAGGGAGUUUACGAUGAGACGAAGCCGCACUAAGCAUAUGGCGGUGUGUCCCAAGAAACCUGCAGAAAGAAAAACGAAAGAGGAGAACGAAAGGAAUCAACACAUGGACAAAACGCCUCGGGAUGAAGAGGACUUAGAUCCAGGCGGUUUCUGA